AUGUCAGAAGAGGGUGCUUCGUACAAGGAACAGGUCUUGGAGGCUGCCAGAAGAAACAAUACGGAUCUCCUGGGGGAGAUCAUCAAGGAAUCUGGUGACCAAAUCACCAGUAUCAUUAACGACUCCCGAGAUGCCCUUGGGAAUACACCCCUUCACCUUGCUGCGAAGUAUGGUUCUUACGAAGUAAUGGACGAGAUCUUGGACUGUGAAGGAGUUGAGGUUGAUCCUACAAAUACGCUGGACGGUGACACGCCUCUUCAUAUGGCGGUGCGCUAUAGUGAAAGUGAACCUGAGCAUGGUACCUUUAUUGCUGAGACCCUUAUCGAAGCGGGCGCAGACGCAAGAAUUAAGAACAACGCUGGUCAGAAACCAAUCGACCUUGUACACGAUAACGAUUCGUUGAUAGAUAUAUUACAAGGUGCAGAAAUGGCAUUCCAAUUGGAGGAGGAGGAAAAGCAAAUAGGUGAGUUAAAUACCCGGCUUGAGAUGGAAUAUGGACUAACAAUCACAGGCGAUGUUGACGUUGAGGAUGAUGACGAAGGCUCAGACUCUGGUUCUGAAUGA